CGAGCAGCCGCGCCUCCCGUGCAGGAUGGACGGGUAGAAGAAAAUCGUCCACUCCCGACGCAUCUGGUGGUGAUGGUCAAUGGCAUCGUCGGAAGGUGUGUUUCUCCUGGAGACGCCGAUCGCCAUCAUUUCUUAUCCUGGGGCGUUUUAGUGCACGCCACCUCACGCUAUCGUUUGUGCUUGAGUUGAGGAAUGAAUUGACGUGCGUUUCUGUCUGAUGUUAUCGUGAAUAAUUCGGGAGGAGAGCUCUAUCACACGAGGCCGCUUCAGCUGCAAUCAGUGUGCCCGAACUGGUAAAAGCAAAAUACCGUUUUGUCGGCCUCACAGAGAUGGGUUCCAUCUAGCGGUUCGGACUCGGUGCAGAUGACGUCCAAUUGCUAUUAGUCCAUUCCGGUUAUCCCCACAGUGCUGCAGAUUGGAAGUAUGCUGCCAAACAAUUCGGGAAAAGACACCCAGAGAAUAUUAUGGUGCACUGCAGUGAAUCUAACUACUCAACAUUGACUUUCCAUGGAGUUGAUGUAAUGGGAGAACGAUUAGCAAAAGAGGUUAUGUCAAUAGUUGCUAGCAAGCCUUUUCUUCAAAAGAUAUCAUUUGUGGGGCACUCACUUGGGGGUUUGGUUGCAAGAUAUGCAAUUGGUAUAUUAUGUGAGAGUGCAGUACCAAAAUUUAGUCCAGAAAAACAUGGUACAUCUGAAUAUCAUCCUGCAGGAGUGAAGUCUGUGGAUGAAAAAAUUGAUGGCAAGAUUGCUGGACUUGAGCCAAUCAAUUUUAUCACUUUUGCAACGCCUCAUCUUGGGUUAAGAUUUCACAAACAGAUUCCAAUCCUUCAAGGUUCCUAUAAGUUAGAAAAGUGGGCAUACCGAACCUGUUGGAUUCUUGGAAGAUCUGGAAAGCAUCAAUUUUUAAGAGACCAAGAUGAUGGAAAACUUCCUCUUCUGGUUCAGAUGGUCAAUGACUGUGGAAAUCUUCAAUUCAUGUCUGCUUUGCAAUCUUUUAAGCGCCGCGUUGCAUACUCGAAUGUUUGCUUUGACUUCAUCGUUGGAAGGAAGACAUCAUCAAUACGGCGUCAACAUGAGCUUCCUAAGCGCCAAGAUUUCAUGAAAAAUAGCCAAUAUCCACACAUUGUUUAUGUCGAAAAACCGACAACUUUUGAUACCCCUAAGAUGGAUUUUCUGGCAACCACCAAAGAAUUGAGGACUAUUAAUGAUAUGGAAGAUGCAAUGAUUGAUGGUUUGAAUAGAGUUCCUUGGGAAAGAGUAGAUGUUAGCUUCCGUGGAAGUAAACAGAGGUUUUUUGCUCACAGUACCAUACAGGUGAAGACCUACUUGAUAAAUUCAGAUGGUUCAGAUGUUAUAUUCCACAUGAUCGAUAAUUUUCUCUUGUAGUUGGCUUCGACAAUUAUACAAUUGGCCAUUGAGCAAUCUUAGUUUUCAUCUGUCAGAACCGUAGCAUUAUCAGUUCUCUUUUUUUUUGGCCAAUUGACCUUUCGCAACAUCACUUUGUGGAAAAUAGUGGAGGGAGCAGGCUUUGCAAGGUCUGGUAAAUUAUUUUCUCAACCUUUGAUGCAAUCCCUGCAGCUAAGCUCUUCAUAAA